AUGACGAAAGAAUCAGAGACAAUUGAGCAAGCGAAGGGAAAAGUGCUCAACUUCGAUCAUCUAACGUUCUGGGUGGCGAACGCAAAAACGGCAUCUAGUUACUUCGUAACACGCUUCGGUUUCCAACCUCUGGCUGUUCGUGAACCUUCACCAGAAAGACAAGUACGGUCCCAUGCGGUACAGCUAAAUAAAAUAAUUGUAAUAUUCGAGUCACCGACUGUUAAUGAUAAUGAGAUAUCCAAAGAUUUAACAGCCCAUGGCGAUUUCGUUAAGGACGUAUCAUUUGAAGUAUGCGACUUAGAAUCUAUAUUCGAAAGCGCUAAAACAAAAGGAGCUCACGUAAUUAAAGAAAUUACUGAAGAAAGCGACGAAAAUGGUCUUAUAAGAUACGCUGUAUUGAAAACGUAUGGCGACAAUACACAUACACUGGUUGACAGAUCCAAAUAUAAUGGACCAUUAUUUCCUGGGUACAAGAAAUGUGAAGAGGAUUUAGCCAAUAAGUUACUGCCAGACACAAAUUUAAGUUUCGUGGAUCACGUGGAAGGAAAUAUGGCGGAUGGAACUCUAGAAGAUUCUGUCUCUUGGUAUGAGAAGAACCUCAACAUGCUCAGAUUUUGGUGUGUCGACUACAGCCAUGAUUUGACGCCAUAUUCAUGUAUCAACUCAGCCUCUGUUAUUAACGAAAACGAAACCGUUCUUUUAUCAAUGAACGAGUCGGCCCCGGGUAAGCGUCCUACUAGCAAGGCUCGCGACUUCGUUACAUCACAUGGCACGUCCGGAGUCGAGCACGUCGCAUUAUAUACUGACGAUAUUGUACAAACUAUGAAGAGUUUAAAAUCACGUGGCGCCGAUAUUGUGACCUGGCCAUCGACGUAUUACGAACUUAUUAAGGAGAAACUUAAAGAUAGCUCUGUAAAAGUCACCGAAAGUAUUGAAGAACUGAAGGAAAAUAACAUACUGAUAGACUUCGACGAAAAAGGUUACAUGCUGCAAGCUUUCACAAAACAUCUACAAGUUCGACCAACAUUAUUUAUAGAGAUCAUACAGAGGAGAAAUCAUAAGGGUUUCGGAGCUAUGAACUAUCAAUGGGUUUUCGAAGCAAUCGAACGUUUAGAAAAUAAAUCUGAGGAGUAA